UGAUUUUUUUAUGCGUAACCCCACCAGAAGUAAAAGGUGGACUGCUAAUUUCACGUGAGUAAUCUUAUUUGGUUGUGUAUGUCAAGUGCCUGAACAAUACUUUUUCUUUUGCUUUCUUUCUCCUUCCUCUAGCUCGUCUCAGUAAGAAUAUGACAUCGGAAUUACGCCAUAGAGAGAAAAAGACUUCGGAAGCACAAAAAGAUAAUGCUUUUACUGAAGAAUAUGAUGGCUAUAUCAAAAAAGAUAUGAAGUGUUCUUAUGGAAAGACUCCUAGUGGAGCAGUGUUUCGCGUACCAGUGACUCGUGAAAUGGUUGCAACUUUGCUUGAUCCUACCAGCAAAAAGAGUGCAUUCGAUUGGAUUACUUUGGGCACAAUGGCUUUUGAAAUAGCACUUUUCUUUUUAUUGCCAUUGAGAACGAAGCGUAUUCUAUUUACAUUAAUUUUCUUCUUUUGGCGCUUGUGUUAUAAUGUUGGAUUGGGUGUACUAUUAAAAGAACAAAGCGAUCGCCGUGGACUGGUCAAAUGGGCAAAAACAUACAAGGUUUUUGAUCGUGAAGAAAAUCCAAAGAUCUAUAACUUUCUCCACCAUCAACUAAGUAUAAAAAUGGGUGAUGACUAUGACUUUGAAACUGCACCUAUAGAAUACAAUACAUGGAUGUUGUUUAGACAACUGGUGGAUCUCAUCUUGAUGAAUGAUUUUACAAGCUAUAUUUGUUUUGCUCUUUCAUGGUUUAAUACUGCUUUUCAAUCAUACAUUUUCUUGGGAAAUACUCUAAGAUGGUGUGGUGGCAUAUUCUUGAUUAUUUUUAACAUUUGGGUUAAAAUUGAUGCUCAAAGAGUCGUCAAAGACUUUGCUUGGUACUGGGGAGACUUCUUCUUCUUGAUAGAACAAUCGCUGACUUUUGACGGUGUCUUCGAAAUGGCGCCACACCCAAUGUAUUCUAUUGGUUACUUUGGUUACUAUGGUAUUUCAUUACUAUGUGCAAGCUACACUGUCCUGUUUGUUAGUAUUGCUGCACAUACUCUUCAGUUUGCCUUCCUUAUAUUUGUCGAAACUCCACAUAUCGAAAAGACCUAUAAUCCUCCUACUACCAUCAAGCGUCAGCCUGUAGAUGCAAAGAGUACAAUUGAUCCCAAGACCACCCGUGAACUGCAUCCAGGUCAUUUCCGUAAAGAUUUGAUUGUCUUUAAAAAUUUUGAUCUUUUUCGUACGACUGAUAUUGUCUCCGUCGUGCUCAUCCUUUACGCUAUUCUCAUCCCACUUCUUGUCCCUGGCAAGUCUGGUCUGAUCAUUUCUUUCGUACAAGCAUUCUUUUGGCGAUUAGCUCAUUCUGUAGGCAAUGGUGUCUUGCUUCAAGCACAAUCCAACAGCAAGUUCUUGACUCGUCAUUUUAUCAAAUGGGGUGGUACAGUGCAAGAAGCAUUUCAAAACUGGAAGAGUUUAUAUAACCUUACCUUGACAAUGACUUAUGUCACAUUCUUUGUUACUUGCUGGAAAGCAUAUAGCUUACCUGAUAACUGGACGUAUGGAAUGACUCUCUUACGACAUACGUUGGGUUUAAUCUUUAUCUUUUUACACAUUUGGACUUCUGUCUCCAUAUUUGAAGUUCUUGGUGAGUUUGGGUGGUUUUAUGGUGAUUUCUUUAUGGAUGAACAUCCCUCCGAGUUACUGUAUACGGGCAUCUAUAGAUUCUUGAAUAACCCUGAAAAAAUCAUGGGUCAAGCUGCUUUUUGGGGAAUGGCAUUAAUCGCCAAUAAUAGUGUUGUCUUUACGUUGGCUAUCUUUUCCCAGCUUUGUAAUAUACUGUUUAUCCAAUAUGUUGAAAGUCCUCAUAUGCGAAAGCUGUACGGUGAUCAGAUUCGUAAAGAAGCAGGUUUAACAAAAACGUUGAAAUCGGCUGCUGUUGCUCUUCCAAAGACAAUUCCUGACAGAUUACAACAGGAAAUUGGAAAGAUCAUCCGCGAAAACCAAGACAGCACGAAAAACCUUGAGCGUCUUGUGAAGGAAGCAGUUGAAAGAGUGGAAAAAGCGGUUGAAGAGACGAAGGGUGCUGUUGGCGAUAUGGUAGGUGCCGCUCGCCCACGUCUACAGGAAGUGCUGGAAGAAACAAAGCAACUACUUGAAGACUCACGCUCGCGUGUUAUUCCCUUGGUAGCUGCAGAUAUAAACAUGUACGAUCUAUCUAGUUACUCUCUCAAGGUCCUUGAUAGCAACACAUUUGAGCUUGGUCAGCCUAUUCGAGUAGAGUGGAGUGCCCCUGAAAACCAUGGUCCUAAAGACUGGAUUGGUAUUUAUCGUGUUGGCACCAAUAAGCAUAAGCAUUUGACCAACGUAAGUUCUCGUGGACUGUGGCACUGGACAAACGCUGCUCCUGGUACUGCCUCUGAAGAGACUGUAUUUCCUCCUGAAACACCUGUAAAGACGAAUGGAAUCAUUGAGUUUUGCGGGUCAAAGCUACCAUGGAAGGUGGGAAUAUACGAAUUUAGAUACCACCAUGACAACAAACAUAAUGUCAUGACCACUUCCAUGACUUUUGAAAUCAAGGCUCCUUCCACACCUUGUACAUUUGAUUUGGAAACGACACAGAACGUCGUGUUGAAGUUUGCUCAAAAUAUUUUGGGACACAACGUCGAUAUAAUACCUCAUACACCUCAGGAAGAAUUUGUUGGAAUGGGUGAAAGUGAAUGCAAGCAUUUGGUAGAAUGCAUUCAGCUUGUUUAUAAUGUGGAGUUUGCUUGGGAAGUUGUCCUUGCUGAUAAAUGUGCAGCAGUACUAGCGAAAAGAAUAUUAAACGCUAGGAAGGCCCUUUCUCCAUUCACAGCUGAUCCACAAAGAUAGAAUCCUUAGCGAUAGUCAAGAUUGUAGGCUGACCUGUAUAAAAAAAAAAAGUUUCAUACUUUAUGUAAUUUAUCCUUGUAUUUGCACGCAUUCUGGUUUUAUAUUUGCGUAUUUGUAAAUUUACAUAAAAUAGUAAUUAAAGCAUAGGCUCAAGAGCUAAGCAUCUAUUAAAUAAACUGAGCCACCAGUGAAAGAAAGAGUGCUUCUCUUUUCCUUUGAUCAAAUCAAUAUGAUUAGAGAAAGGG